AUGGGACCAGUGUUGCGACAUGAUCCUCAUCCAUUUAAAAGUUAUGAAAAAGAUAGAUCACCAUCAAGACUAUCGAUAGAAUCUGAGCAGUAGCUUAAGAUAAAUAAUAAUGAAGGUAUAAAGAUGAGUGUACACGAGAGUGCAGAUAAAAAGAAAAAUAUAAAUUUUAAUAUUGCUAGGAGGAAAUCCACAAAGUCUCAAUAAGUAAAGGUAUUGUAAAUAGUAAUAGUUAAAUAAGCGGAAAUCAGAUUAAGGUAGAAAAUUUGAAGGAUUGUCAAUUUUAAGAACUAUGUAGCAGAAUUAACUUAUUUAAAAGUUUACAAAUACUUUGUUCAUGAAAUCAUAUAUUUUAUCUGAACAUAAUAAAUACCUUUUGAAUUAAGAAAGUUAUUUGUAAUCUAAGGUUGAUAAAACAAAAAACUAAAGUAUAAAUAUUGUGAUAAUAAACAGAUUAAAAUUAAUAUAUUACAACAAAUAUAUUUGCACCUGGAAGCUAAUUAGUGCUUGUAUGGGAUGUGAGUGCAACAUUUUUUCAUUGUUUUAGUUUAUGGCUUUGUCCAUUUGUAUCAUCAUUUAUAAAAGAUAAUAGUUAUAAUGCAGCAGAGAUGUUUUUAAUAAUUCAUAUAAUAAUUGAUAUUAUAAUCAAUUUGAACAGACCUAUAAUGAUCUAAGGAGAAAUAAUUUUUGAUAAAUUGGAAAUUAUAUAACAUUACUUUAAAGGAUAAUUACUGGAAGAUCUCAUAAGUUUAACGAUGUGGUUUUUAAUGUAUUUUGAUUUUAAUUAAAUACCUGUGACUAAUGAGAUAAUAGCAAUAAUACUUUUAACAAUAACAAUUUUAAAGGUGAAACGAAAUUACGAAAAUUUUAUAGAAUCUCUAUAUUUAUAAGGAGCUGUAAAUUAAUUGGUAGAUUUAAUAACAUUAAUAGUGAUGAUAUAUUUCUUUGCACAUUUAAUGGCAUGUGUAUUUCAUCAUGUAGGUGAUAUAACAAGUGAUACUGAGAAUUGUUGGUUGAUUCAUUAUAAUUUAUUACAAAAGCCAAUAUCGGUUAAAUAUAAUCAUUCAUUUUAUUGGGCUACUAUGACUAUGGUAACUGUAGGAUAUGGAGAUAUUACUCCACAAAAUGAAGCAGAAUUAGUGACAGUUAAUUUAUUAAUGCUUUUAUCAAGUUGUAUGUUUGGUUAUUCAAUGAGUUCUAUUGGAAUGAUUUUAAAGAGUAUUCAAGAUGCUAAAUACAAAUGUAAAAGAUCACUUAUUCUAAUGAACUCUUAUAUGAGAUAAAGUCAAGUUGAUUAAUAGAUUUAAAGUAGAGUGAGAGAUUUUAUCAAGUAUCAACUAGAAAUGGAAUCUAAAGAAAAUAAUGAAGAUGUUAAUCAAAUUAUAAAUGAUUUACCUAAUUAAUUAAAGUAAGAAUUAUAAACAAAUAUUUAAAUGAACAUUAUGUAAAAAAUCAAGAUUAUUACAACUCAGUUCACAAAAUAAACUUAAUCAGAAGUAUCUUAAAAUCUUGUACAAUUUAAAUUUACUCCUGGAGAUUAUAUUUAUCACCAAGAAUAAAUAGACAAUAAUUUGUAUAUAUUUUUAAUUUAUUAUUAUUUAGAUAUUAUAUUAAAGAAGGAUAAAUUUAAAUUACUGAAGAAAAGAGUGGAAAAGUCUUAUAAAUAAUUAAAUCUUCUAGUACCUUUGGAGAAUACUAAUUUUUUACAGGUCUUUCUACUAAGACUUGUGCUUAAAGUAUAGGAUUCUCUGAAAUUUAUUAAAUUAAAAGAGAAAUCUUUCUUAAGAUCAUAAGGUCUUGCAAUAAAGAUUUUGAAAGGUUUCAUAAUAUCAAAGAUAAUUUGAUUAUUAAUUCAAAUUAUUAUGUUAUCUUAUAAUGUUGCAAUUUCUGUAAGUUAUAUACUCAUUUAAAUAUUGAUUGUCCAUUACUCAACUACAAACCAGAUGUUUAAAUUCUAUCUAUAAGAGAAUAAAGGAAAUAUCCGUUUCAUCAUAGGAAAACAUUUGUAAGAAUGGGUGAUAAAAUAAAAUCUUUAUCUAUCUAAUAAUAAAUAAAUAAUGCAGUUGAAGACUUUUUGGAGAAAUAGAGUUCAUUUCAUGAAGUAAUUAGAGAAAUUCAAAAGCAUUCUGAAGAAAGUCCAAAUACUUAACAAUAAUAAAUGAUUUAAAUUGAAAUCAAAAGCAGUGAAGAUUAACCUAUUGAAAAUUAAGGAUCUCAUAUACAUCCUUCAACUACUUCAAAUACGACUACUACUGGACCUCCACCAUUAGCUAUGAUGAGAGUAAAAUCUAGUAGAUAUGUUUUCAAUUAAUAAUCAAAAGGGUCUCAUCCUAAAAAUUAUUUUGUUAUGGGGGGAAAUAAUAAUAAAAUUACUAAAGAACUUAUAUUCAAAGAAAACUCAUUUAUUUACUAUCUUUAUUUUAUUUAUUAGUUUCACUCCAAUGAAAUAGAUCAAAUGAAAGAGUAUCAGACUUACAUGCCUUAAAAUAAUUGUUCAAAUUCUAUCAAAUUAAGAGAAAAAUAUCUUGACAAAAAACAAGCUGCCAGAUAAGCAAUUGAUAUUAAUGGUUUAUCCAAAACUUACAUUUCUAUUAGACAAAGAGACUUACUCUCAUCUUAAAUUAUCUAGCCUCACUGUUGA